AUGAUGAUAGUCGCCACCGACUGUUUUACUAAAUGGAUCGAGGCCAAAGCUCUAUCAUCUACUAAAGAAGCCGAUGUGGAGCGAUUCAUCUGGAGAAACAUCAUCUGCCGAUUUGGCUGCCCACAGUUGCUAAUCAAGCAACACCUGUCCACUCCGAGGUAUCCACAAGGAAACGGGCAGGCCAAGGCAUCCAACAAAGUCAUUUUGGACUGCUUGAAGAAAAGACUAGAAGGCACCGAAGGGAAAUGGGUGGACAAACUCCCCGGAGUACUAUGGGCUUAUCGCAACACCAAACGAAGGUCAACUGGCGAAACCCCAUUCUCCCUUGCCUAUGGGACGAAAGCGAUCAUCCCUCCUCACAUCACAGUCCCCUCCGUAAGCCUUAAGGUGGGCAGUGUUGAUCAGAACUCCGAGUAG